AUCCAAUAACCGCGAAGGUUACCUUUUUUUUUGUUUGUUCAUGUUGCUAGCACAUCAUUGUUAGAAUUUGAUUGUUUUCCUUCUCUAUGUGUUUGAUAUAACUUUUUUUCAGAUUAAUAAAGUUAGUUAUGUAAGCAGAAAAUAUUAUUGAGGUUAUUUUUAAACACCCUCCAGUAUUGCUUCUGUUGUGCCGUAACGAAAAUUUAUAUGUCUUUAUACCAAAAUUAAUAAUGCAUUCUUGACACAAUGGGUCAGACCCUUAGUGAACCUAUUACAACAAAAGAGACUUUUUUAGCUCUAACUGACAACUACGUAGUUGGUUCAAGUUGUAUGCAAGGAUGGAGGGUCUCAAUGGAAGAUGCUCACUCGGUUAUUUUAUCAAUACCAGAAGAUCGGUCUGCAGCUUAUUUUGGAGUAUUUGAUGGUCAUGGAGGUUCUAGUAUUUCAAAUUAUGCUAGCAGACAUCUUCAUAAAUAUAUUGUUUCCAACCCUGCUUAUAGUCAAGGAGAUAUUAAAGGAUCUGUUGAAGAAGCAUUUAAUGAAUUAGAUACAUUUAUGCAAAAUGAUCAGCAAUUAAGAUCUGAACUUGCUGGCUCAACUGCCGUGAUUGUUUUGUUACGGGAUAAUAAAUUAUAUUGUGCUAAUGCAGGAGAUUCAAGGGCUGUGGCGUUUGUUAAUAAUGAAGUUGUUCCUCUUUCAUUUGACCAUAAACCCACUAAUCCAGUUGAAAGAUCAAGAAUAACGUCAGCUGGGGCUUAUGUAGAAUUUAACAGAAUAAAUGGCAAUCUAGCACUAUCUCGAGCCCUUGGUGAUUUUUCUUAUAAGCAAAAUUCUUCUAAGAGCUGGAAAGAACAAGCUGUAACAUGUUUUCCUGAUGUAAUAGAAAGAUCUAUAGAGGAUGAUUGGGAAUUCAUUGUUUUAGCUUGUGAUGGAAUUUGGGACGUGUUAUCAUCAGAAGAAGUUUGUAGUUUUGUUCAUGAAAGAAUAAUAAAUGGGAUGAAACCUGAUGCUAUUUGUGAAGAACUUAUGCAGUGCUGUUUAGCUCCUGAUGGCCAAAUGGGUGGAAUUGGAUCUGACAAUAUGACCGUUAUCAUUGUGAUAUUCCUUAAAGGAGUUUCUUUACAAUAUAAAGGAUCCAUGGGAGAAAAUUUAGUUGAUAAUAUAGUUUAUUAUUUACCAAGGGAUAAACCUGCAAUAUCUCAGGACCAAAAUCAAAAAGUUGAUGAGUCAGAUUGAUUAAUAAAAUUAAUUUACUUUAAGUGUCGUUAUUUCUGUAAUUACCAUUUUCAAGCUAAUAAGUACCAUCGCCAUACAAUACAAUAAAAUAAAUAUAUCAUAGUUAUUUUUGUCAUAAAUUAAUUUUUUUCUAUUUUUUAAGUUAGAUUAUUUAAUUAUGUAUAUUAUAAUUCAGUACUAGUUUUUAAAAAAAUUAAUCUAAUUUUUUUGGAACAUUGCCUUCUAUAAUUGAUUAUUAAUAGCAAUAAGCCACUUCUGUGAGAGGCUGUGCAUUUACUUAUGCCUUAAUUUUAUUUUUGGAAACUUUAGGUUUGGCUUGAGCGGUCAAGAAUUAUAAGAAAAUAAAGUUAAACACACAAAGAAUGCAAUCCAAACAUAUUUAGCUAGUUAUUCAAUCAUAUAGUGUGUGUGUAUAUAUAUAUGUGUGUGUGUGUAUGUAUUUAUGUAUGCAUGUAUAUGUAUAUAUAUGUGUAUAUAUACAUUCAUACAUACAUACAUAUAUAGUUCUCAGAUAAUCUGCAACUCUUGAAAUUCUAGGAUGUUUAGAAUAUCAGAAUGAUAUUUAAAUUGAAUAAAUAGGGUUUGUUAUCUAUUGAAGUAUUCCUACAGCAACUCUAUAUCCGGAAUUCUCGAUGGAUUGGAUUAACUUUGAAAUUUUAAGACAAAUUCUUAUCAGGCACAAUAAAUAUUUUUAAAAAAUAAUUCAUUUCCCUAUUCUCUUAUUUAUUAUUGCCACUCAAAAUGCCAAGCACUCAAAAAGCACUCAAAAAGCAAGAAAAGUAGGCUCAAUCCAAAGUACAUUCAAUCUAAACAUUUUAGAAUUUAAAAGGACUGGACAGGUUAUGUUUAAUACCAUUUAUACCUAUUUUUUAAAAACGUUUAUUAAAUUUGUCGGUUAUGCUAUUGGUUAUAAGAAAUUAAUAAAAUAAUAAUAAGAACAAAAACAAUAUUUAUGUUACUAAAAUUUGGGAGAAAAAAAACAAGAGUAUUUUUGUAUCAUAAUUAGAUCACUUGCUAGGUGUUAUCAAUAUGUUCUGCUACAAUCAUUUUACAUAAUAUAAGAAAACCAUAUAUUUAAUUACAAAUCAUAUUUUAGCUAACUUGUUGAAUGAAUUAUCUAAAAAUAUUAAACAUUUUAGAGAAAAAAGUUACCGUAUUAUUUCAAAUUGAAGAUCUUAUUUUUUUUAUUUAAAUAAUUGUUUCUUUAAAAUUUUCAUUCAUUAUUUUAGAAAUUUUACAUAAUCAGUUAUUAGUGAGAUAGAUAUUAAAAAUCACUACCAUUUCAUGUUGAAAAGGUGAAAGUGUUGAAAAGAACUGUUUAGUUAUAUUUUUUUCUAAUGUACCUAUGUAGUCCUUAAUUUAUUUGUAAUUACAAAACUUAUGUUUCAAGAACAUUAGCAUUUAAUGGUGUGAAGAAAGACAAGUGGAUAUGUUUACGUGUGUGGAUGUGUUUGAUUUUAUAGAUAACAUUCCGGAGAGUUUCACUUUGUGUUAUAUGAGCUUAUGCAGUGAUUUGUAACGGCCAAUUUUAUACUUUGACUUUAGUUUUUUUUUUCUUUUUUUUAAGUAAUAAUAAUUUUUUAAUGUCCUUUGUACUUAAUACAUAUUUGGUUUGUUAAUCAAUUUUAUUCAGUUUAUCAUAUCCUCAAAUAUAGUAUCAUUAAUAAAAGUUUUUGGAAUCUUUCCAUAAUUUAAGUGCAAUGCUUACAUUUUUUAAGCAUUGUAUGUUCCUUUAAAUUUAAGUACAUGUUAUUGGAAAUGAAAAAUGUCUUAUUUGAGCCUUUCAGUUGACAGAAUAACUAACUCCAAUUUCAACAUUUUUUAUUAUUAAUUUUAGUUUAGUGAUAUUUCUAGUAUGAAAAUGUAUACCUUUAUUCAUAGUUCUAUAUUUCAACACUGCAUUCACCUGUUCUGGAAUCAACUUAAUCAUUGUCUGUACAGAUAUUAUAAAUUUUCCAGCUAGAAAUAUCAUUAAAAUGACUGACUGACACAUGAAUUACUCAACAAUUUUAAAUUGGAGUUAGUCAUUCUGUCACCUGAAAGGCACAAUUAAUGACUUAUUUUUAACAAAACUUUAAAUACAGUUAAAUUUUUGUAAUCAUUAAUUUUUUUGUGGCCUAAUUAAUGUUCUAUUGUUUUCAGGCUAAAUUAAAAUUAUACCUGUCAGAUUUAGUUUUCCUCAUAAUUUAUGCAUUUGAAUUAAAAAAGUUUUGAAAAUGUAUUCUAAAAGAUGUGGCUGCAAGUGAUAUUCAACUUAAAAUUUUUUUAAAAUUAUUUAGGUGUAGUUUAUUUGCAAUGUUUUCUUCAUUGUUCAAACAUUAAUAAGUAUAUGUUUUUAUUUUGAAAGGAUACUUAUAAUGAAGGCAUUAUUAUACUCAUUAUGGUUUCUGGAUCUUAAUCCAGCUUUAUAAUCUUUCUGAAAAACUUCUUAGAAUGGACUGGAAAUGAUUAUUUAAUUUUAAUAAUUAAGAGAAAUCAUACUGUACAUUAAAUAAGAAUAUGAAAUAAAGAACUAAUGCUGUGGAUUUUUCUUUU